AUGAAGGAUGCUGCUAAGAGUCCUUCUGCAGGGAGAGGAGAAGUGAAGAGAUAAAGGUGGUCCAGCCCCCAUCAGGGCAGAAGAGAUUCAGGACAGGCAGAAGUGAGAGGCUGGGAAUGUGCUCACCAUCAGGUUUGUGAAGAGAUAGAUAAUUGGGCUAAAAAAGAAGUAUUCUGUGCAGGCAUCUUACUGCAAUGGAAUAAAAGGGGAAGAGGAGUUAGUUUAUUGUCUAAUCAGAGGUGAGAGUUAGAAGUUUCAGGAGUCAACCCAGAAAUCUCAAGGGUUCGGUGAUGAUGAAGAUUGAAAAAAAGCAUGCAGGCAAUGGAAGCCUUGUGGGAAAGAGUAAGGUCUACAUAAGGGAGCAGCAUCAGGCAAACCAUGAACCAGCAGCAAAUGGGGAAGCAGAAGGCUAUGUAAAGCAGGUGGCAGAUGGGAAUGGUGGCGUGCCCAGAAAGAGCCUCAACUUGUACAGCUGGCAGGAGAUCCAGAGACACAAUCAGGAGGCCGACCAGUGGCUGGUGAUCAACCGCAAGGUCUACGACGUUACUAGCUGGGCAGACCGCCAUCCAGGUGGGCGCCGAGUCCUCAACCACUACGCUGGGGAAGACGCCACGGAUGUCUUCAGAGCCAUGCACCCUGAGCUUAACAUUGCCCAACUGUACCUUAAGCCACUGCUCAUCGGAGAGCUUGAUCCAGAAGAGCCCAGCCACGAGAGAAACAAAAAUUCCCAGUUGGUGGAAGACUUCCAAGAACUGCGGAGAACAUUAGAGACAAUGAACAUGUUCAAUGCCAACCUGGGGUUUUUUUUCCUCCACCUCAUCCAGAUCUUGAUUUUGGAAGCCCUGGCUUGGCUAAUGCUAUGGUAUUUUGGCAAUGGCUGGCCAAUUAUUAUAUGUAUUUCCUUUCUUCUUACAAUUUCUCAGGCCCAGAGUUCAUUUUUGCAGCAUGAUACAGGCCACCUUUCUAUAUUUAAGAAGUCCAAAUGGAACCGCCUGAUGCACAGAUUUGUGAUGUGUCAUCUUAAGGGCCUGUCAGCAAACUGGUGGAAUUACCGACACUUUCAGCAUCACGUAAAACCAAAUAUUUACCCAAAAGAUCCGGAUAUUGAUACGGGCCCACUUUUCCUCCUUGGAGAUUUGCAACCUGUCAAGUAUGGCAAGAAGAAAAUCAAGUACAUUGACUAUGAAAAGCAGCACCUGUACUUCUACAUGAUUGGGCUUCCCCUCCUUGUGCCUAUAUAUUUCAACCUACAAUCCAUGCAAGUGAUGUACCUCCGAAGGUAUUGGGGGGAUAUUGCCUGGGUCAGCAGUUUUUACAUCCGCUAUUUCAUCACAUUUGGCCCUUUCUACGGAAUCUUCGGAACCAUGUUGCUCAUAUAUUUGGUCAAGUUUCUUGAAAGUCCCUGGAUUGCAUAUGUUAUACAGAUGAGCCACAUACCAAUGAAAAUGAGCACAGAGGAGAACAGAGACUGGCUCAGUACUCAGGUAUUGGCCACCUGUAAUGUUGAACAGUCCUUCUUCAAUGACUGGUUCACUGGGCACCUGAACUUCCAAAUAGAGCACCAUCUGUUCCCCACUAUGCCUCGUCAUAAUUAUCACAAGGCAGCACCUCUGGUGAGGUCCCUGUGUGCCAAACACGGAUUGCAGUAUGUGAAUAAGCCCAUGUUGAAGGCGUUUGGAGAUAUUAUCAGGGCCUUGAAGAAAUCUGCAGCCCUCUGGGUGGAUGCGUACUAUGAAACAUGAUGCAGAACACCAGCCUUGACAUGCAUGCCAUUGUAUCUCUCAAAGGGGCUGGUGAAAGUGCAAGAACUCUUCCCACUUACCUGUCAAUGCCACUGGCAUACCCUUGAAAUGUGAACUCUGAGGACACAUGAUAACCCCUUCCCUGAAGGUUUCCUCUGCAAACAACAAGCAGUGGGAACACAAGAUGGCUUUGACCAGACUAACAAAUGGGACAUGGGAGCCCCAUGUUUUUAUUUUUUCAAAAGGGUCUCGAACUUAGUCCUACCAACAGACCUUAGUCAAAUCAUCUCAGUCACUGGGCAUAAGCACAGGAGAGCCAUGGAGAAGUUUCACUGAUGAAGUGGACAUAGAAGAGAGUGGGCCAAGUAGAGACCCUGGAUGGAGCACUUUUUGAAAAACAAAGCAGUUACUCUUAGAAGAAAAUAGUGUAUUUAAGAAAUUCCUGUUGAAGCACAAAUGUUUUGCUUAUUCCUUUUAUAAAUGUUUGAACUUUUUCUUUAAAUGUUGAGUAUCAUUAACAUUAAAAUCUCUUUAAAUGUUUCAA